UGUCCAACAAUGUUUUGGUUCCUGACCAUGACGUAAGACACAAAAACAUGGUUCCCUUGUUUUGAAGCGUAAAGGCUGCGAAGUGCCUCCUUAACUUUACUACGCACGAGGAUGCUUCCCCGAAACUGAGAGGCUGGAAAACGACCCGAAGAGACGAUGGCCCAGUCCGGGGAGACGCGUGCUGAACCUGGACGGAGGCUGCGCUCCAUCUGCCGGAGGAUGUACGACGAGAACGAGGAUCUGUCUGACGUUGAAGAAAUAGUAAACAUCAGAGGCUUCAGCGUGGAGGAAAAGCUCGCCAGUGACUGCUAUAAUUCAGAGUUUGUGCACUUAAUGGAGGGCAGAGACUUUACUUAUGAGUAUGUGCAAAGGGAGGCCCUCAGGAUACCACUUAUUUUUAAAGAGAAAAAUGAAUUAGGGAUCAGAAUGCCUGACUCAGAAUUCACAGUCAGUGAAAUAAAGGGAUUAGUUGGCAGUCGCAGGUCUGUGGAUGUCAUGGACGUGAGCACUCAAAAAGGCUCGGAAAUGAGCAUGGCUCAGUUCGUCCGUUAUUACGAGACCCCGGAGGAAGAGCGAGACAAACUCUUUAACGUCAUCAGCUUAGAGUUCAGCCACACUAAGCUGGAGCAUCUCAUCAAAAGGCCCACAGUGGUGGAUCAGGUUGACUGGGUGGAUAACAUGUGGCCUCCUGAUCUAAAGCACAGCCAAACAGAAGCCACCAACAUUAUUUCAGAGAUGAAAUACCCCAAAGUGCAAAGGUACUGUUUGAUGAGUGUAAAGGGCUGCUACACAGACUUUCACGUUGAUUUCGGAGGAACUUCAGUUUGGUAUCAUGUAUUCAAGGGGCAAAAAGUAUUCUGGCUUGUGCCUCCAACCCCACAUAACCUUGCACUGUAUGAGGACUGGGUCCUUUCAGGCAAGCAGAGUGACGUCUUCCUGGGAGACCGAGCUGAUGGGUGCCAGAGAGUGGAGUUGAAACAAGGAUACACCUUCUUCAUCCCAUCUGGUUGGAUCCAUGCUGUUUACACUCCUGUAGACACACUAGUUUUUGGAGGCAACAUUCUGCACAGCUUUAACAUCCCCAUGCAGUUCACGAUCCACGAGAUAGAAAACAGGACAAAGGUUCAUUCCAAAUUCCGCUUCCCAUUUUACUACGAGAUGUGCUGGUACGUCCUGGAGCGAUACCUGCACUGUCUGACCAAAAGGUCCUACUUUACUCACGAGAUCCACAAAGAAUCUGUCGACUAUGAGACAAAGAUAAAAACAGAGAGCCCGUCUUCAGACUCCAGGAGCCAGGACAUGAAUGAGGACUCCUGUGGACCUCCAGUUAGGGAUGGCCACGGAGAAAAAACUGAAAGAUCCUCUGGAGAUGGCCCUUGCUCGCCUGACAUCAUCAAGGGCUCUCUGCUCAAAGCUGCUUUAUCUGUGGACUCGGAAGACAGCUGUAAUCCUUGCUCCGCCUCUCUAGACUUCCCCAAAACCCCCGAGGAUUCUCCAGGUUCUGAGGCUCAGAGCAAGUGGACUCACCUGACACAGCAUGAGCUGAUCGGGCUCAGGACACUGGUGGAGAAACUGGAAUCACUCCCUGAGAAUAAGAAAUGUGUUCCAGUGGGAAUAGAGAGCCCUCAGGCCCUCCUAGAGGACAUGAAGGUUGUCCUGAAGGAGCAUGCUGAUGAUGACCCAAAAUUAGCAAUCACCGGGGUUCCUGUUGUGUUAUGGCCUAAGAAAGUGUUAAAGCCCCGGCCUCCCAACCGGCCGAAACCUAAGAUGGCAGCGUCUCCUGCAUCGGCAGUCAAGCUGUCGGCCAGCCGCGGAACGUCUGGUGCCAGGAGAAGAAGGACGCGUUGCCGGAAGUGCGAGGCGUGUCUGCGGACGGAGUGCGGAGAGUGCCACUUCUGUAAAGACAUGAAGAAGUUUGGAGGGCCGGGGCGAAUGAAGCAGUCUUGCAUCAUGAGGCAGUGCAUUGCUCCGGUCCUGCCUCACACAGCAGUGUGUCUUGUCUGUGGAGAAGCCGGAAAGGAGGACACAGUAGAGGACGAAGAGGAGAAGUUCAACCUGAUGCUCAUGGAGUGCUCCAUCUGUAAUGAGAUUGUUCAUCCGAACUGUCUCAAGGUUAAAGAUUCGAGUGGAUUAGUCAAUGAUGAGCUGCCAAACUGUUGGGAGUGUCCAAAGUGUAACCAUGCAGGGAAAACUGGGAAACAAAAAAGGGGGCCAGGAUUCAAGUACGCAUCGAACCUUCCUGGCUCCCUUCUCAAAGAACCGCGCUUAAACCGAGACUCAAAGGAGGAGCCGGAGCCGCUGCCCCCGCCGCCGCUGCCGGUGGUGAUGGCAGCGACACCUGUGACCCCACUGACGACCUCGUCCCCUGUGAAAAGAAAAGCAGAAAGGGAAGUAACCUUGAAGAAGAACGACGAGGAGCCUCCAAAGAAACGUCCGCCCCUGCUAGCUCUGGAUAGCUUACCGCGAACACGGCUUGAAGAUAAUCCAUUAAGGAAGAAAAGGAAACUGUUUGAUACGAAUGAUGAACCCAUUAUGUUGAAAAAGAAGAAAAAGCUUUUAAAAGCAGAUGAUCAAUUUAGUCUGAAGCCUUUGCAACAAAUCAAGACAGAGAACGAUCACAGGGAGGAAGAUGAGGGACACUGGGAUCAUGAAGAAGAUAUUUUAUCCUUGGACCGAAUGCAUUUUAAGAGGAAGAGUCAGUAUGACGACGAGUGCCAAGAUGAAGACUCAGAGGAAGAGGAGGCUGCAGCUAAAGAGAGAGAUGAUAAAACCAAGGCAGUCGUGAGUCCCCUGCUAAGAACGUCCUCAGCUAGAGAAGGAGACCACUCAUCCUCCAACUCUCCCAGAGCCGGACCAAGCAGCGAGUCAGGAGAUGGCCAGGAGAAGAGCUCUGGACCGCUCAAAGCCCGCCUUCAGCGCCGACGUCUUCCAAACAAAGGCCCGAGCAAAGAGUUGAGCCAAGAGAUCCUCAAGAUGGAGGAUUCUCUGAGCAACCAGAAGCACAGCGCGGAGAAGAUGGAGAACAACGGUCAUUACCGCAGGCCAUUGAAAAAUGAAGAUUUUAUAGCCAAUCAGAACUGCAAACCUAUAAAAACUGAAGAGACUCAGAAUCGUAGAGCUCCUAAGCUGGAGGACAGUGUGGCCAGCUUCCACAGACAGCCGCUGAAAAUCGAGGACUGCUCGGGCAACCAGAAUCACAGCCCAGUAAAACCAGAACCGGGGAGCGAAGUGGAUGAGCAGAAACCAAGAUGGCCGCUCAGCAACGGCAGCAGCGACCUGGGUGACUGGCUGCGACACAAGGGUCGGGAGGUCAACGGGACGCCGCACGGUUAUUCUCCUCUUAGCUGGAACAGAAACGUGCCGAUUACACCGAUGUGUCCGCGUCCGCUCCCCCGCCGGUCGCCUCCAAAGUGCGUUCAAAUGGAGCGCCACGUCAUUCGACCCCCUCCCAUCAGUCCCCCACCCGACAGACUGCCACUGAACGACGGGGAAGCCCACGUAAUGCGUCGGGAGGCGUGGAUGAAAGUGUUCAGUUACCUCCCUCACAGGGAUCUCUGCGUCUGCAUGCGUGUCUGCAGAGCGUGGAACAGAUGGUGCUGCGAUAAAACCCUGUGGAAGCAAAUCAGCCUGAACCGCUGCAAGUCGAUAACGCCUCUGAUGCUGAGCGGCAUCAUCCGGAGGCAGCCGGUAGCUCUGGACCUCAGCUGGACCAACAUCUCCAAAAAACAGCUCAGCUGGCUCAUCAACAGACUUCCUGGUUUGCGCAUGUUGCUCUUGUCAGGUUGCUCUUGGGUCGCCGUCUCGGCCCUGUGCACCUCCAGCUGUCCUCUGCUGCGAACGCUGGACGUUCAGUGGGUCGAGGGCCUGAAAGACGCCCAGAUGAGAGACUUACUGUCGCCCCCGACAGAUAACAGGCCAGGUCAGCUGGAUAACCGGAGUAAGCUGCGUAACGUGGAGGAGCUCCGGCUGGCUGGACUGGACAUCACCGACACGUCUCUGUGCCUAAUCAUCCGUUACAUGCCUCUGUUAUCGAAGCUGGACCUCAGCUACUGCAACCAUGUCACCGACCAGUCUGUGAACAUCCUGACCGCUGCAGGGACAACCACCAGAGACUCGCUCACUGACAUCAACCUGUCAGUCUGUAACAGGGUCACCGACCAGUCGCUGACCUAUUUCAAGCGCUGUGGAAGCAUCUGUCACAUCGACUUGCGCUACUGCAAACAGGUGACCAAGGAGGGGUGUGACCAGUUCAUCGCCGAGAUGUCAGUCAGCGUUCAGUUUGAGCUGAUAGAGGACAAACUGCUGCAGAAGAUCAGCUAAGAGCGGGAGAGACUGUGACAAAACUACCGUCCACUUGGAGGCAGCAGACGACUUUGUGAUGGAGACACAGAACUGACACACGGCCGGUAAAUACUGAUGUGCUGCUGAGCCAGAAUGUAAAAAUGGAGGUCUUGUCCAGCUAUGGCAAUAUUGCGUUAAAUGUUUUUGUUGUUGCGCCUGUUUAUGACUUAUUUAUUGAUAAACUGUUUGCAUAUUCUAUCACAGCUAUCCCUUGGUGUUUAUAGACUAUUUUGCUCUAAUGCAAUAAUCUUUGCAUUUAAAUCACUAUUUUUGUAUCAGAAAGUCUUUCUUACAUUUACGUGCAAUAUAAAAUGCACCAGUGUAUAGUAUCAUAUUGCUAAAACAAGAAAAAAAAAGAUAAUCAGUUGGCAUUGUUGUUCAGCUCUGUGGAGUUAAGGUUGGAAGGUAAUUAGUGUUUGUGCGGUUGUUUUUACACUUUAUUGAAUGUGCCUGGAUCUGUUUUUUUUUCUUUUUUUUUCUAUUAGAUAAAGCUACUGUAAAAAAAAGUUUUCCAAUAUAAAGACCAUAUUUGGAUCAGGUACUGUACCUGUAUGUAUGUUUCAAAGCUUAAAACUUAUUUGCACUCAUGAGGUACAUACGAAUACAUGAAUGUAUUCCUACAUACGCUACGUUGUACAGUGUAUAAAGCCUAUUUUUUCAACACUAAAACGUUCUGCUGAGUAAUUUUACUGACUGCUUGCAUUUGACUCGGUUGCUCUGCAUUAAGACGUUGGUGAGCAGUCGCCUCUUUGCCAUCUCUCUAGCUGGUGCUUUCCAGACAAAAGCGAUUUAGCUCUGCAUGCAGCAAAGAAAUGUUUACAUCCAUCUUUAGAUUUAAUAUUUUAACAUUACUAAAACUUAGUGGAUCCCCUUAGGUUAAAAUAAGCAGUUCUGAAUCAUAUUAAUCUACAAAGUCUGAAAAAGUAGAAGGGAAUUAAAAAUAAUGAAAAAAAAACAACAAGGCAGCUUUUCAUUCAUUUUUAUUCCAAAAUCGUGAUUAUUCUGGAUUUCGGCACUAUGGCAGAUUUGGUUUCCAUCUGCUGCAGUUGAAGCUUUUAAAUAAAUAAAUAUUUUGUCGUCUGCUAAAUUCAUGACAGCCAAGCACAUUGGUCUGAAGAUAAGUUUCAAGGUUUUACUUCAUGUCUAAAGGCGUGAUCUCUUAUUUUUAAUACGAAACCAAGACGCAUUACCAAUUUAUCAUGUGGGAACAGAUAUACUAGCAAAAUACUUCUUUAUUUGCAACAUUUUACAGAAGUGUUUUUUAGUUUGUUUUUGGUUUGUAACACUGAACAAUUUUAGUUUUCAUGAGAAAUGUUUUUUUUUAAUGGUUCUCCUUUUGUGGAAAGAUUUUGUUUGAUAAAAUGUCAGUCCAUGUUUACAGUUUAUCAGCAUUACUCUUAAAGACUCAUUUUUUAAGACUGUCUCUGUGAGAUUGUUUUGUAUAUUACCUUAGAUCAGUCUAUCUGUUCAAAACAUACAUGUAAAUCUUAUAGAAAAUCUUUGAGAUAUUAAAUUCACUAUGAACAAUGAGG